CCUUCCCUUCCCUCCCCCAGGCAGCCACCGCUUUCCCAGGUUCGCUCGCUUCCUCUUCCCCCUUCCGGCCUCGCUGCUUUUCUUCUCCAACCUGUCUUUUCUGCCGCUGUCUCCUGCUCCAGUUCCCCACCUUUCUUUGGGCAGCCGCUGGCUCUGGGCCCUCCCCGGGAAGGAGCUCCAGGCGAUAGUGGGAAGCACCUGCUUUGGCCUCCGCUCUUGUUGCUAGCAUUAGAACUUGUGGCCAGGAAAGACCCACCCAACUUGGGGGUUCUCAGCAGCAGAAGUCUCCGGCCUAGGAGCAAAAGAGGCAGAAGAGCAAGGAGAACCUUUUCCUCUGUGGCAGAUAGUGCUCAGGCACAUGCAUAUGGUAGGCAAGAAAGCCUCUGAAGCUGGAAUGGGACUACGGAAAAACUUGGGUGCCAGGGAACUGUGGGAGAAAACAAGGCCAAGAAGCUUUCUGGGCAAGGAUGCCCUUGACUUGGAGGCGCAGCGCCAACUGUUCAGGCGAUUCCGUUACCGGGAGGCUGAGGGCCCCCGAGAUGCAUGCAGCCGCCUCCACCAACUUUGCAACCAUUGGCUGAAGCCCGAAAAGCACAGCAAGAAGGAGAUGCUGGACCUGGUGAUCCUGGAGCAGUUCCUGGCCAUCCUGCCCCCGGAGAUGGAGAGCUGGGUGAGGGAAUGCAGGCCGGAGACCAGUUCCCAGGCGGUGGCCCUGGCAGAAGGAUUCCUCCUGAGCCAGGCAGAGAAAGAGAAAGAGCAGGUGUGUGGACCAUUCAUGGAGAUGUUUGCUGAAUCAGAAAAGAAUCUGGCAAAGACCUGCCAGAAUCCACAGUUCAGGGCCCUCAAGCAGGAUGAUCCAAGUUGGGAAACCUCACCAGGCUUUGGAACACCACUUCCCGAGUCCUCUCCUCUUUCUUCUGUCGUGGGAGCAGCCAUGAUGCAGCCAGCAGAGACCAAGGAAGAAGGUCCCGUGACCUUUGAGGAGGUGGAUGUGGACUUCACCAGGGAAGAGUGGGAGCUGCUGGAUCCGGGCCAGAGGGUCUUGGCCAUGGAAGUCAUGCUGGAGAAUUUUGCGAAUGUGGCCUCUGUGGCAGAAGGUGCCGAAGGAAUGCAAACAGAGGAGAAAAAAUAUAGAUGCCCGGAGUGUGGGAAGAACUUCAGUCACAGUCCAAGCCUUGCUUACCACCAAAUAUUACACACAAGAGAAAAACCAUAUCAAUGCCUUGAGUGUGGAGAAAGCUUCCAAAGUCAUAUACAUCUUAUUCCCCAUGAAAGAAUUCACAGAAGGGAGAAACGAUAUAAUUGCCUGGGGCUUGGGAAAAGCAUCAGGAGAAGCCCAAGUCUUAUUCCUCAUCAGAGAAUUCACAGAAGGGAGAAACCAUAUAAUUUCCUGGAGCUUGGGAAAAGUAUCUGGAGAAGCCCAAGCCAUCAAAGAAGUCACACAGAGGAGAAACCAUAUAUAUGCCGGAAGUGUGGAAAAAACUUUGCUACUAGUUCGGAACUUACAACCCAUCAAAAAAUUCACAUCGUGGAGAAACCUUAUAAAUGCCUGGAGUGUGGGAAAAGCUUCACUCGGAGUGACCAACUUAGUUCCCAUCAAAGAAGUCACACAGGAAAAACAUAUAAAUGCUUGGAGUGUGGGAAGAGAUUCAAAAGUAGUACACUUCUUACUUGCCAUCAAAUAAUUCACACAGGGGAGAAACCAUAUAAAUGCCUGCAGUGUGGGAAGGACUUCAAGAGAAGUACAAGUCUUACUUCCCAUCAAAGAAUUCACACAGGGGAGAAACCAUAUACAUGUCUGGACUGUGGGAAGAGCUUCCAUCUGAGAAGUAGCGUUACUUUUCAUCGAAGAAUUCACACAGAAAAAGCAUGUAAAUGCCUGGAGUGUGGAAAGCUCUUCAAGAGUAAAGGAAAUCUUAUUUCCCAUGAAAGAAUUCACACAGGGGAGAAACCAUUUAAAUGCCUGACUUGUGGAAAGAGCUUCCGUCACAGUUCAGCACUUGUUUACCAUAAAAGAAUUCAUACAAUGGAGAAGCAAUAUCAAUGCCUGGAGUGUGGGAAAAGCUUCAGAUGUAGUACAUAUCUUAAUUGCCAUCAAAGAAUCCACACAGGGGAGAAACCAUAUAAAUGUCUGGAGUGUGGGAAAAGCUUCCAUCGGAGAAGUAGCUCUACUUUACAUCAAAGAAUUCACACAGGAGAAAAAGCAUAUAAAUGCCUGGAGUGUGGAAAGCUCUUCAAGAGUAAAGGAAAUCUUACUUCCCAUGAAAGAAUUCACACAGGGGAGAAACCAUUUAAAUGCCUGACUUGUGGAAGGAGCUUCCGUCACAGUUCAGCACUUGUUUGCCAUCAUAGAAUUCACACAGAGGAAAAACCAUAUAAAUGCCUGGACUGCGGGAAGAACUUUAGGAAGAAGAAUCAUUUAAAUUCCCAUCAAAGAAUUCACAUAGCGGAGAACAAAUACAAAUGACUGGUGUGUCCGAAAAGCUUCAGUCAGAGUAACAGUCUUGCUUCCCAUCAGAGAAUUCACACAGGGGAGAAAACAUAGAAAUGCCUGGGGUGUGGAAAGGCUUUACAUGAAAGUAAAUUUGAGUAAGAAAGUAGAAAGAAGUGCAGUAUAUACAAUACACAAUGCAGUAAAACUGGUUAAUUUUUUUCCAUGCCUCAAUCUGCAAUCUGAAUCUUGUCUUGAAAAUGCCCUUAUAAACCAUUCUGUUUCAUGCUUUUCAUGGAAUGCUAAAAUUGUGGGAGCCUUCUUGACCUCAUCGAAAAGGCCAUUCCUUCAAGGGGCAGCCACAAGAGAGAAUCCUUUUCUAUGCAUCCCUGUCAGUCUCUCCAUUAUCUUUGCUAAAACGAGCAAAGUGUUUGCAGGGUAUAAAAGCAAGAGUGGCGACUGGUAAAACUUGGUAGGUAACGGCAAGGACUAUGAAAUGAACCAACAGCCUCUAAAGGAGCAAUGUGUAUCAUAUUUGUUUUGUGCCAGACUCUGAAAAAUAAUCAAAUAGCUGCAUUCUGUACCAGGUGAGAAUUAUGACUUUUAAAGAAAGACCCAUCUAGAAUGCAUUGCAGUAGUCUAGCUGCCUGGUUACCAUAGCUUUGACUAUCACUCUGUGUACUGAUUCUUAUCUGAGGAUUCAUGUGACUCUGGUAUCCAGGGUUCCCGCCCCCCCCCCCCCCCCUCCGAGGAGAACAGUGUUCUGUGCUUCAAUAAACUGUUUUUGUUAAAUUACUAAA